AUGAUUUCAAUCAAGACCCUCGCUAUCCUCUUGUUCUCUGCUAUGGCAGUUGAUGCCGCAGGAGUCGUUGGCAAAGCUGAAGGUUUUGCUGCUGCAGCCACUGGAGGUGGAACUGCCGCUGCCGCACGCCCAGCAAACAUUGGCGAGCUUGUUACCUGGCUCUCGGAUGGUGUUGCCCGUACCAUCGUCCUUGACAAGACCUGGGAUUUCGCAGGAACUAUGGGCACAAAAACCGAGCCAGGCUGCAAACCCCGUUCAAACACAUGCACCAAUGGUGCCGGACAGGAUUCACUCAAUAUAUUUGGCUGGUGUCAACAGUCCGCAAAUGCCGACCAAAGUCUCCCCAAGCCAACUGUCACUUAUGAUGUCGCCGCUAUUCCUCCAAAUGCUAUCAAGCUCGGUUCUAACAAAUCCAUUAUUGGAGUUGGAUCUCUUGGAAAGAUUAAGGGUAGAGGUUUUUUUAUUGCAGGUGCUAAGAAUAUUAUUAUCCAGAACGUUGAGUUCGUCGACUUGAACCCCAAGUAUAUCUGGGGUGGAGAUGCUAUCUCCGUUGAUGGCACCGAUCUUUUAUGGAUCGAUCAUGUCAAGAUCUCCCAUGCUGGUCGUCAAUUCAUUACCAUGGGUCCAGGUGCUUCCAACCGUGUCACUGUUUCCAACUCCGAGUUCGACGGUACCACUACUAAUUCUGCUAUGUGCAACAAUCACCAUUAUUGGACACUGUACUUCACUGGAUCCCAAGACUCUGUCACUUUCAAAGGCAACUAUAUCCACAACACAAGUGGUCGUGGACCCAAGGUUGGAGGUCUGCACUCAUCAGUCAAGCCCAGUGUCUUCAUGCAAGCCGCCAAUAAUUACUGGUCAGAUGUCGCAGGAAACGCAUUCCAAAUCGGCGAAGGAGCAAAAGUACUUGCUGAGGGCAACGUUUUCGAGAAUGCGAAAACACCUGUCAUCUUCGACAUUCCCAGCAACCCUCUUUGGUCUUCAAGCGGUGGCGUUACAGGGUGUGCUUCCAUCCUUGGUCGUAACUGCCAGGCUAAUAGCCUUGUCACAUCCGGAGCUUUUGCUGGCACGAAUACCGAUGUUUUGAGCACUGCAAAGGGAUUGACUCUUGCUCCUGUUGCCGAUGUUGGGGGUACCAAAGCCAAUGUUCUUAAGAACGCUGGUAUUGGAAAGAUCUAA